AUGAAACCGCAACCUAAAAUAUCUGAGCAUCGAAAUUUUUAAGUCAAUCAAUAAUAAAUUAAUGUUGAUGAUCCAUAAGAUAAGACUGGUAUAGAAAUAUUUUCUCAUGAAACCUAAUUGAGGAAAAGAGAGAAAUUAUCUCCAAUAUUACGAUCAAAUUCAGGACACUAAGAAUAAUUAAUAUAGUAAUACAAUAAUCCUUAAUAACUUAUCACUCCAAAAAAUGAAACAAUAACAGAGAGAUUGUAAACAUUUGGACAUGUUGAUUUACUAAAAUAAUCAAAAUCAUUCAGAAAACUUAUUGUUUAUUUCCAUCAGAAAGAUUUUAUAAAAAUGUUAUUAAAUCCAUUCAAAUUAACUUCAAAUUUUACUUUAAGACAUUUUAAUUUGAUAAAUGAUUUAAGUGCUUCCUAUAAAUUUUAAUUAGGAAGAGGUCAAGAAACUUAGAAGAGCUUAAUUCAUCAAUAUAUUUCACUUAUUGAUAUUAGAAUUUAAUUAAGAUUGAAAUUCAGAACUAUAAAGACAAAAUGUAAGUAGUAUCUAACUCAUAUACAUAAUCAGAUUCCAUUAAUAGAGCCAAUGAGUAAUGCAAAAUUUGUUUGGGAUUUAAUUUGUUUUGCUAUAAGAAUAUAUUUAAUUGUAGUGAUACCAGUAAUUAUAGUAUUUCAUGGAUAAAAUUUUGUUGAUAAAUAAUUAGUACCCUUGUUACUAUUCUCAAUUGCAUUGAUUUUUGAUAUAGUAAUUAGAGCAUUUACUAUUACAUAUGAUUAAGGAUUACCUGUAAGGGAUAGAUACUUAUUAUUUAAAAAAUAAUUAAAUUUUUCCACUGCCUUAGAAUUUUUCAGUUUUAUUUAUACUAUAAUUAUUACAAUUGAAGAUGAUAAGAUAAUAGAUAAAUACAUCUUGGGAGAUGGAUGGCCUAAAUUUUUAUUAGCAUUAUUAUAUAUUUAAGUAAUCAAUAUAUUAAAAUUUAUUGAUGUAUCCUAAUACUCACUUAAAUUAAGUAGGAUGUAAACAUCUAUAGUUGAUCUAAUAAAAUUGAUUACUAUGAUUUUAUUAGUAUAACAUAUAUUCAGUUGUGUAUGGAUUGUAUUUGGAGUGUAUUCUCUUUAAAAUUAAGAAGAUUCUUGGUUAAAUAAAUAUGAUAAUGAUGAUUGGUCAUUUUAAUUUUUGUAAUCCUUUUAUUUUAUAUGUGUAACAACAUUUACAGUUGGUUACGGUGAUUUAACUCCAAAAAGUAAAUAUUAUUAAUAUAUUAACAGAUCCACCAGAAUAAAUAUUCACUAUAAUCUAUAUGUUCUUAUGUAUGCUUUUGUUCUCUUACACAGUUAAUACUAUUGGAAGUAUAUUAACAUAAAUAAAGGAGAGCAGUGAGAAGAUUAAGUCAAAAUUAACUGCAAUUAAUUAAUAUAUGCAUAAUAAAUCUAUAAGUCCCACUUUAUAAUUUAAGUAAAAAUUAAGCUAAUAUAAUUAGAGUAAGAGAAUAGUUGUACUUUUAUUUAAAAUAAGAAAUCAUUUAAUAAGUAAAUGAAUAAUCUGAAAUCAUAUAAUUGCUUCCUGAAGAUUUAUAGCACAGUCUUAAAAUAGAAGCAGCUAAAUCUCUACUUAAUAAAUGUUCAUUUUUUAGUGAUAAUUUUUCAAAGGAUAUUUUAAAUUAGUUGCUUGAAGAAGUGAAUUUUCAAAUGUAUCAACCAGGAGCAAUGAUUCAUUCUAAGGAAGAGUUUUAUAUUCAUAUUAUUGAAUAAGGAUAAGUCGAUGUAAUGUAUAAAAAAGUAUAGAAAUUUAAUAUUAAUAAUAGAAAAUAAUUCAAACAUUAGAAAAGUAUGACUAUUUUGGUCUAGAAGAGUUUAUAAGUUAAUAAGCUAAUCCAAAUAUUACUUUUAAAAGUACUGCAUUUACAAGUGUUCUUUCUAUACCUUAUUCUUACUUUCAUAAGAUUUUAUCUCAAAAUGAUCUUGAAAAUUAAAAAUUUCAUAAUCUUUUAACUUCAUCUUCUUAUUUAUCGAAUUUUUGCUUUAUUUGUAAAACAAAAUCUCAUAAAACUUAAUUAUGUCCUAUGGUGCAUUUUAUUCCUAAUAAAGAAGUUGUAAUAAAAAAGUAUUUAUACAGAAAGAAAUAAAAAAAGAGAGUAUCGUAAGAGAGAAAAUUAAGAUUGGUUUUUGUAAAUUAAAUAGAUGAUAAUGAAGAUAAUAAAUUAAAAUAAAUUAAGUUUAUAAAUACUAAGACUAAUUAAAAAAUGAUUGAAGAUGCUGUGAUAAAAUUUAAAAAUGAAAAUUAAUUUUAUUUGGAAUAAUUAUUUCCUAAUAUUGAAUAACCAAUUAGUGUAGAUAGUCAAAGCGAAUCUGAGAAUGAAAAUCCAGAUGAAUUAAAAGAUCAAAGUUUUUCAGAAUAGAAUUUUAAUUCAAGAAGAGCAAGUAAAUAAAUUCCAAAUCUAUCAUCUAAAAAUUUAAUUAAAUAUUAAGUACUUGAAAAAAUGAAAAAAGAAAGAUUAAGUAAACAUAUCUAAUAAUAAUAAUCACCUCUUUUAAUGGUAUCUCAAUAUAACUAAAUUAAUCCAUCUACUUAAAUUAUAUCAAAAUAUAAUCUAAAAAAGAUUAUUUAAGCUAAAUCUCUUGAAGAUGAAUAAUUAUAAUUAAUAGAGGAAAUUAAUUUCUUUGAUGAAUUAAGAACUAAAAUGAAUAAUUUAUUACUAUUUCCAAAUAAGGAGUAAGAAUAGAUUGAAUUUUGGUAUAAAAAACUUUCUAAUCUUAAAGAAGAUUUUGAUGAUAUGGCUAAUUUUGAAUAAUUAAAAAAUUAUGAAAUUUUUAAUAGAUAAUGGAAUGUUGAUUUAGUUGUAAAAAAGACAUCUUAAAAACCAAGAAAGUUUAGAGGAUUAAAAAAACUUAAAAGAUAUCUUUUAUUCCCUUAUCUAUUUAUUAAUAAGUACAUUGAUAGAAAAGAUACAAAUGAUCCUAAUAAAACAUUAGAGAAAUCCAAAAGAAAAAGUAUUUAAUAUUUUUAUAAUUAGGACCAUCCAAACCUAAAGCAAUUAAAAAAACUCGUGUGACUCCUAAAUAAUGA